AUGGCUCGACUUGCUCCUCACACGUUGCUGCUGGCCCUCUUUGUCUUCCUCUUCGGCAGCUGCACAGCCCAGAACUGCACCACCAACAACCUCCAGGUCACGUACCCGGCACCCGUGGCAGCAGAUGGCUGGGAGUACCGCCUCAUCUCAACUGGAUUGACGGCACCUCGAUCGAUCGUCUUUGACUCCACUGGCGGUCUCCUGGUGCUCGACGCGGGAGUUGGCGUGCGUCGCCUCACACUUCAGGACAACGGCGGGACUUGCUUGAGUGUGACGGCCAACGCGACGUUGAUUGCGGACACGGCUCUCAACCAUGGCCUCGCCAUCUCAGCGGAUGGCGGCACCAUCUACGCCUCCACAGUCAACGACGUCUACGCUUACACGUACAAUGAACAGACCAACACCGUCGAUCCCACCACGAGACGGACUGUCGUCACCAACAUGACCAAUACGGACCACGUCACUCGCACCCUCCUCCUGUCAUCGCGACUGCCAAACGAGCUCCUCGUUUCCAGGGGCAGUGCCGCCAACGAGGAUCCCCAAGCUCGCAACGUUACCAGUGGACACUCGCAGAUUCGUGCCUACGACAUCUCCACGCUUGCAGCUACGGAUCCGCCUUUUGACUUUGUCGCUGGCACUCUCAUUGGCUGGGGUUUGAGAGAUUCGGUAGGUGUCGGCGAGAACCCUACGAACGGUGGCAUCUGGUCGGUUGAGAACUCUGUCGACGACCUCACGCGUGAGGGUGUCGACGUGCACCAGGACAAUCCUGGCGAAGAGCUCAACUUCCACGGUAUCCUGGGAAACACUGCCAAUCAAGGAGGCAACUACGGUUAUCCCGACUGCUACGCCCUCUGGUCGACGGCGGGCUUUCCUGAUCUGGGGGCUCUCGAGGUUGGAGACCAGUUUGCCUCGGACAACGCAACGGCUGGCGUGACGGACGCGACCUGCAACACCAACUUUGUUGAUCCUCGACUUGUUUUCCAGGCGCAUGUCUCUCCUCUGGACAUCAAGUUCAACACCAAUGGCACGACAGCCUACAUCACUUUCCACGGCAGUAGUGACAUCGUCUCUGUUGCGUUUGGUCUCAACGGCCAGCCCACUUCUCCGAUGGACAGCACCACGGCUGCAAACAACAUCCUCACAAGCCCAGACCUUACCCAGUGCCCCGAUGACUGCUUCACACCAGUGGGCCUGACGUUUGACACGAUUGGCCGCCUCUUCUUCUCGUCGGACUCCACUGGCGAAAUCUUCGUCCUCCAGCAAUCCGCCGACGACGGCAAUGGAGAUGGC